AUGGCUUCCCUGUCGUCGGCUUCAGCGUGCAGACAAUGCCUGGCGCGCGUCGCCCUUCCGCGCUCAAGGCCUCCGACUCGUCUCUUUUCAGCAUCCACAUCGGCACAACCGGCCUUGUCGUCGUCCAAGAGAAUAUCGAGAAGCCAAAGGCGCCUGUCGACGAGUGCGCCCAGACCUCAGCUUGCUCAAUUGAGACGUGACUCGCCUGCUCUCCAACACCGUCCUGAAGAGAUUGCUGGCGACCGUAGCCGCGAGCUCCUCCAACCCGGGAACCUAUUCCACUCCUUCAGUGACUCGCCCUCUCCCGUCAUUCGCAAGCGCGCCGCCUUCAUCAAGCAAAAUGCAUACUGCCCCCACCCAGACCACUCCGCCACACGUCAACCGACCAGCCCCGAUGAUGUCGAAGUCCGAAAGACUGGCUCCAUGCCGCCUGCACAUGUCCGCUACGAAUGUCCGGACUGCGGAGUCCCCGUAGCCUGCUGCGAGGAACAUUUGGCAGAUGACUACGAGGCCCACCUGGCCAUCUGUGACACGCUACGCGAGAUCAAUGAAGACGACCACGACCUUGUGUCUGGCCGCUUCUUCCCAGAGUUCGAGUACCCUGGCCCACAGAUCGACGAGGCCCAGGUCAACUUGACCAACUGGGACACCAUGCUGUACUCGCGCGAGUUCAACGCCAUCAACGACGAGCGCAGUCUCCGCCAGGCCACUCGUCUCCUCACAUACCCCGCUACCGUUGGUAGUAUUCUCCAUGAACUGAGUCCUUACAACGUGCGCAACCGCCUCACACCAGAGGGUCUGAAGAGUUUCACCGCCCUGCAAUACACCUUGCAUCCUCCUCGUUCGGGUGCUGGCGAUGGCAUCAAGGGUCUACGUCCCACUGCUCCGCCUGUCCGCCUGUUCUGUAUUGGCGCUCGCGCUGAAUCUUCCUUGCCGCGUGAGGUAUGGCAGCAACUAGCCUGGCUCUUCCCCCGCUCUACCUUCCACCUGAUCUUCAUCGGCCCUGAAAGUAUGGCUAACCGAGACGACGAAUAUCCUCUGCCUCCCCGCACUCCUCAGAACCCCUUCGGCGCUAUCGUCGAGGAUCGCAUCAGCCACCAGCUGAAGGUCACCACCUACGUCGAGUACUUCCACACCUUGCACAACGCCCAAGCCUUUUAUCCAUAUGACCCCUACUUUGACGCCUUUGUCCUUUUCCACCCUGGUCUAGGCCACCCUGCCAGCUCUCACGAGUGGCAAGACACUAUCCGCCCACUACUGGACACCAAAGUGCCCAUCAUUGCCACCGGCUAUACGGACUACGAUAUGAAGCGCGACAUUGAUUGGGUGCGCAACACUGUCGGCGAUGAAAUGGACAUCCUGCUCGAGCCUGGCGAGAACCGUUUCCGUAGCUUACGCUGGGAUCUCAACGAUCUCGACCCUCAGGACGUCAGCGCUGGCAACUGGGGUGUCUGGGCCUUCAGGGGCAAGAGAUACGAGACCCAAAUGCGUGAUUCGUAA